GUAUUAACAGAAAUGUAUGGUCAAUCAAACUGAAAAUACUAAAGUACUGCUUGCUCUUAUUUUUUUUGGGUACAAUGGGACUCCUUUACCAUUUCAUAAAUGGAACUCCAAGUAUAGUGCAUCCCAGAACUGUGGGACCCUUGUACCCUUAUCUCAUAGAGGAGCCAUUACAAUGUAGAGGAGAAGCCCCAUUCUUAGUGCUGCUCAUCCCUUCCAUGCCCCAAGAUGUUCUUGUCAGGGACGCCCUGAGGAAGACUUGGGCCAAUGAAAGUUUAAUCCCUGGAAUCUCCAUUAAAAGGAUUUUCCUUCUGGGCAGGUCCUUUGUUAAUGACACAGAAAUAUCUGUGGAACAAGAGAGUUCUACAUUCCAUGAUAUCGUCCAACAGGAUUUCCUGGACACCUACCGGAAUCUGACCGUCAAAACACUGAUGGGUAUAGAGUGGGUUAGCCGUCUCUGCCCCCGAGCCAGCUAUGUCAUGAAGGUGGACGCUGACAUGUUCUUCAACCCUUGGUUCCUGGUGAGGCGGAUCUUACAGCCGGAGAAGCCUCUCAAGCUGGAAUUUUUCACAGGACUGGCAGUAAGAGCUGUGCCCUUCAGGAACAAAGACAGCAAGUGGUAUAUACCAUAUGAAAUGUACCCUAAAAGUUAUUAUCCUACCUACUGUUCUGGCACAGGCUAUGUCUUCUCUGGGGACUUGUCACCAAGGAUAUACAAAGAAGCAAUGGGGUUGACCCUUUUGCCAUUUGAGGAUGUCUUUGUAGGUAUCUGCUUAGAAAGGAUGGGGGUUCAGAUCUCCGAGCCUGGGGGCAAUUGGUUUGUAGGAGAAAGGGCAGAGUACAAUAGGUGCCAAUUUACCAAGCUUGUUACUGAUCAUCAUUACAGCCCAGACGAGUUGCUGAAGUUGUGGCCUGAUUUCCUCAAGGCUCUGGGAGACUGUGCUGAAUAG